AUGACUCCCCGGGAGCACAUGAGGAAGAUGUCCAUCCUGGGGGAACAGGGAACACUGGAGGAAAAGCACCUGUACCGGCUGGCAGGCGGCAUGGCAGCAGGAGAACUGCGGCAGCGGCAGGAGAUGCUAAUGAGGAACCAGCUGAUGGCAGUAAACCCGCAGCUGAUGGGGCCGGGCCAGCAGAGGAUGCAGGCGAUCCCCGCCCAGUUCGAGCCGCGACUGGUGGACAGAGAUCUGCUACCUUCAACUGAAAUGAUGGCCUCAGCUGACCCCAGACAAAUCCACAUAGCAUCCCACUUGGGAUCCACAGUCCCACAGCACCCCAACAUGCCAAACCUCUUGUCCAACCGUGUCUACCCAGGCCCAGGAUACAGCUUUCUGCAACCAGAAUCCAUGGAAGCUGUGGCCAGAAGACAAGAACUGGUUCAAAAGCAAAAUAUUGCCAGAAUGGAAAUGGAGAUGAAUGCUAUUUUUCAGCAAAAGGAAAUGGAGAAAGCCCAUCGGAAAGGACUCCUGGGCCUGGAAGCCCCUUUCCUUUACCACGGGAUGCCAGCGAGUCCCAUUGCUUUCCGUGGCAGGCACAGACUGCCCGAAGGGCACCUUGCCAACGACCUGUAUGUGCAUCGUACCAGCCUGGAUGAAAUCCACGGCAACACCAUGCUCAUGGCAAGCAGCCCAUAUCCACCAGUCACCACACUGCAAAGGGAGAGGGGGCGCCGCCCCGGGAGGAGAGCUGGAAAUCACAAAACUGCCGAGGGCAGUGCCAACGGCACAAAGAACCAGGCAGAUGACAAAUCCACGGACUCUGCCUCAGCUGCAGUGGAUGAUGAGAAAGAAGACAAGAAAGAAGUAGAGGUAGAGACAUCAAACAAACACGAGCAAAGUAAAAACCAGACUGAGCCAUCUGCAGUUGCCAAGAACUGCAAAGAGUUUGAACAAAGCUUGAGAAAAAACUGUGCUACUCAUGAAAUUCCUACUGAAACCACCAGCUGCAGCAACACAAAUGAAAAGGAAGCCAACAGCUCCUGUGCUGCUUUUGAUGACAAGUACCUGUACCCUUCUGCAAUCCCAUUCUCAGCAUUACCAUAUGGAUUUCCAGUGCCCAACAACCCAUUGCUACCUUCAGGAGCUCAUGGCCUGAUCCUGAAUGGAGAAGACAUUUCCUCCAUUGAAGACAUUCGCAAAUGGACAGUUGAUGAUGUGCACAACUUCAUUGUCAGCCUCCCAGGCUGCUCAGAUUAUGCCCAGAUAUUUAAAGACCACGCCAUUGAUGGAGAAACCCUUCCACUGCUAACAGAGGAACAUCUCCUGGAUACAAUGGGAUUAAAACUUGGACCAGCAUUAAAAAUCCGCUCUCAGGUGUCCCGACGCCUGGGCAACGUGUUCUACAUGAUGAAUGUCCCUCUAUCCGUGCCCCUGCCUCCUGCUCCAGGGAAACCCUCGGAGCAGCCCUCUGACAUGGCCUCCCCACUGCACUGCAACAGCAGUGGUGACACACUGGACAGUCCCUGCUCCCAGGACCCAGAAACCUCCCAAGCAGUGGAACAGAUCGUUUCAGAAAGCAGGGAAAAUCCAUGUGACACAGCUGGAUCCCAGGCUGACUUCCAGAUGAUUGCUUUCCAGAAGAGUUGA